AUGGCAGAACAUGGCAUGGCUUUAGUAUCAGACUACUCGACGAGUAAUCAGAAAUCAGCUUUGGGAAAAUCCAGUGAUUGGUGGAACGUAGCCACAAAAGCGCAUUUGCGUGUAUCAGAGCCGCAGGUUGGCAUUUCGCUGGCUAGCAGCUCACAGAGUAGCUAUAGCUCAUACUCACUCAAGGAAUUGGCCGCGUACGAGCUUGAUACUUUGCCUGUCCAAGCGACAUGGCCCGGCGGGCAGCAGGGCCAACUAUUCGCCUGCCUUUCACAGGCAUCUCUCAUUGACCUUGUUCCCCACGAGCACACAACACCAUACACUAGAACCUGUGCCAAUGCCUCCGACCUGACAAUGGCAGGACCCGAGGCAUCGCGGCAGGAUCGCAAAAGGACCAACGGGUCUCACAGAAUUCUUCCGUUCCUCACGUAA